AUGAGCAGUAUCAUCCGCGUGGCAUCACGAGUCAAUUCAUCCAGAGUAGUCACCACAUGCUGUAGAAGAGCGUUGUACAGCACUGAAAAUAAAGCGCGAUACUACACGAAGAAACAUGAGUGGGUGGCUAUUAAUGGUGACAUUGGAACAGUCGGUAUUUCAAGCUACGCACAGGAUGCGUUAGGGGAGGUUGUAUUUGUUCAGCUGCCCGAUGUUGGGCGGGAGUUAACUACUGGCGAGGAAUGUGGCGCCCUAGAGAGCGUAAAAGCUGCUAGCGAAGUCUACACGCCAGUAUCCGGAACUGUGACAGAAAAGAAUGACACAGCGGAAUCCACCCCGUCAUUGAUAAAUAAGUCGUGUUACGAAGAUGGCUGGUUGUUUCGUCUAAAGCUUUCCAGUCCCGAAGAGUUGAAGCACCUUAUGGACCAGGCUGCUUACGAGAAAUACCUCGAAGAAUCACAUUGA